CAAGAACACAUUACAUGCAUACAUUGAAUUAAGUUAAACAUACAAUUAAAUUUGAAAAAAUUUAAAGAACAUAAUCACAUUCAAUUUUCUACUAAUUUUUCAUUUUUUCAAAAAGAUAGAAAAAAACGCUAAUCUUGAAAAAAGUUAUAAUUAUUAUACCACGAUCUUUAAAUUGACUUUUUAUUCAUCAAUGAUUUUUAUAAUAUUAAACAUAUUCGUCAUUUCCUAAUAUGCCAAGUUAAGAAAUUAUAUGUUUAUUUAUAUAGCAUCCUGAUAUAUUUAAUAAUAAGAUGGCCAAUACAUACAAAACAACAAGCAAUCAAAAAUUGCAAGAACAGUCUAUGAAAACUGCGAUAAAAUCUCAACUUGUUAUUAAAAUCAAAAAGGAGGAAGAAGAAGAAGAAAUAUGGAUAUCAGAAAAAGAAUUGUACUCGGAAGAUAGCAGCGAUGAAGAAAAAUUUAAAACGCAAUCACAAUCGCGUAGUAAAUUCGACGAUAAUCAAUCAUUAUCUUUGCUUAAAUCUAAUAUUGAACAACAAAAUCAUUCAUUUAUUUCAACUGAAAGUAAAGCAAAAUCAGAAAAUUCUAUAUAUACUCCUGAAAAUAAUAUUAAUGAAAAUCAGUUUGCAUUGAAAACUGUUGAAAAAUGUGAUAAAAUAUCAUUUAUAAAUUUGACUCAAUCAUCGUCAAUAGAAUCUCUACAAACCAAUCACUCUACAUCAGAAUCAUCUCUGAAUUCAAUUACAAAGGAUUUUUAUGAUUUUUCAAUUGUGGAAGAUCAAAUAGAAAAAAUGAAAAUUUCAUGGAAAACAAAAAAAGAAUUUCAAUAUGAGGAGUUAUAUAAUGAAGAGUUGCUUGAAAAUGAAUGGAAACAGGACAUUAAUAUUUUAAAUGAUACAGAAGAUGAGAAUAUACAAAAAGAAAUUUUAGAAGUGGAAAAUCUUGAUAAUCUUAUACAUAUAAUGAAUGAUAAAAUAAAAGAAGCAAUUGAAGAAACUUUAACUUAUCAAUGUGAGAAUCGAAAACGGUUAGAAAAAAUUUUAGCAUCAAAUCCAUGUGAAACUGGCAAACUAGCAGAAAAUACACGACAAUUUUUUUAUUUAUGUCCAAAAUACACUACACUAAAUACAGGUAUGAUAAUAAAAAUAAUGUACAAAAGAAUUCAAUAAUAAUAAUUUUUAAUAUAUUUUCAAAUAAACAAAAACAUUAUUGCCGAACAUUUUAGAUAGUAUAUAUCAUAUAUGUAUAUCUAUUAUAUUUAUUUAUAUAAUUAAAAAUCUAACAAAAAUUGAAUUCUAAAAAAUUACAAAAAUAGAUUUUCAUAACACUAACAAUUCAUUCGAGACAAGUAAUUCUGAACAGCAAUUAUGUGAAAAUGAAGAUAAAAUAAGUCUUUUAAAUCUCGAUAACGAAGUAAGUUACAUUAAUAAAUUGAAUUUUAUAAAAUUAAAUUACUAAAUAUUAUUAAUUUUUUAAAAUUUUAUUUCUUAUCUAAAGGAUGAAUGGAAAUUCAUUAAUUCAACUUGUUAUA